CUUUUUUUUUCCUUCUUGUGUCCAACAUUUUCCAAGUUUAUUAUGUUUUUCUCGGUUUUCUCUUAUUGAAAAGUUAAUAAUGGCAGAGUUUGGCUUCUUUCUGGAUACUGUUGGAGAUAGGGGGAACAAUAAGGCAAGCGUUCCAAAGGAAAUAAAAACAUUGAACACAUGUCUUGAAUCAACAGAAUCACUUACACCCUUUGAAAAACUUGCCAAAUUUAGAGAUGAACUUCUCAAUGACCUAAAAAGUCCAGAUGCUGAAGAAAAACAAUCAAAACUGAUUGUGUUUAGAGAUGAUCAGCCUGCAGUAAAAAGUACCCGGAAGCCCGAGAAAAAGCCGAAAAAACAAUUCAUCAAAACAAGAAAUAUUGCCGAUGGAUUGAAAAAGGCUGCAGAAGAGAAACCUCCAAGAAAACUAGCCUUGGAAGUUCAAAAUGUUUUAAAGAAAGCUAUAGUUACUCCAGAUUUUGAACAACUAAAAGAAAUUCCUCCCUAUGAUGUAUCUAAACGAAAGUUGCAGCAAGAAAGAAAACAAGAAAGAGAAAAAACCAAAGGCAAAAAUUGGUACGGACUGCCAGCAACCGAGAUGACAGAAGAAGUGAAACAAGAUUUAGAAAUAUUACAAAUGAGAUCAGUUCUAGACCCUAAACAUUUCUACAAAAAGAACGACCUUAAGGUUUUGCCUAAAUAUUUCCAGGUUGGUAAAGUUUUGGACUCUCCACUAGAGUUCUACAAUAACAGACUUACCAAUAAAGAACGCAAGAAAACUUUAGUAGACGAGCUACUAGCUGAUGCUGAAUUCCAACAAUACAACAAGAGGAAAUACGGUGAAAUUAUGGAAGAGAAACAGAAGACGCAUUAUAAGAGUUGGAGGAAUGCUAAGAAAUUGAAGAGGAAGAAGAAGUAGAAAUGAGGUUUUCAAAUAAAGAAAUUCAAUUGAAAUGGGA